CCAACUCAUACCGUAAAUCUGUGCAUCAACGAGUCGCCUCAUAUCAAUCGAAUUGAUGAUGGUCACGAGUCUUCACAAUCUACAAUGACGAGUUGGUUUGACACCGGGCGCCCGGAAAUUAUAAACGCUGUCGCCGCAGCAUGUGAACGCGUCGAUCAGGCGAUCAGGCAAGACCUCGAGCUUGCCAGACUCGAGCUUCGAGAAGCCCAAAACGAGCGGGAUGCUCAGUCCUUGCGAGCUACGGAGCUUAGAGCUGAAAAUGCUCGUCUAAAAAGCGAGCUGCUAGAAGCAACGGCAGCGAAGGCAUCACAGAACCCACAAAACCCAAGCAAUUCUUCAUUAAGCGCUUCAUCACGACCAACUGACGGCGAUUCAUCCGAGAUCCAACCUGACUGGAAAGCAGAGUGCGCUAGAGUAAGCUCCAAAUUUAAUGCCUUAUCGGAAAACUUCAAGAAAGCCAAGGAUGCACUUCGGAAAAGAAAGGAUGAACGAGACAAGUGGGUUGAGCAUUCUAUGCUCUUGGAAAAAAAGAUCAAGGCCGCAGAGGAGGAGCAUGGGAUUCGCAUUAUCGACCGGAGCAGCAGAAGUGGCCGCGCCUCGACAAACCCCGACACCGGGGGUGGAGCAAACAACACCAGCCCGAAUACCAGUUUUACUUCCGAUGCUGGUCUAGAACAAGCUGACUUGGAACUCCCUCCUCUUGCCGCUGCAUCCCUCGGUUCAGAACACGAUUCUGCUACCGCUUUCACCAAGGCUGCCAACCCACAAUCAGAGUCGACACAAGGGGGAUCUGAUGCGAGGGAAUCGGACGACUUGCCCGACCUACCAGCACAAAGUGGAGUUGACGAUGUAAUAGUCAAGGAGGAACCAUCGUCGGAUCUGCCCGUUGUCGUCGCUGAAAGAGCUGUGCGGAAAAGGAAAAGGGAUGAGCCGGAGCCCACCGAUUCUCCUAUUCGGAAGGUCAAACUGGAAUUGAGCGAUGGUUCAAGUCCGAUUCUCUCUGUGGGGCAGAACUUUUCCGAUCUACAGGACGGCAUCGAUCUAGGAGAUGUUGUCCAGAGGAUGUUGACACCCAGAAAACGCAAGGAACUGGAAGAUUCGGCAAGAGGUCUCAGGGCUCGACUCAACGCUCUCGCCACGCCAGCAACGCCAGCUCCAUUGUUUGUAAGAGCUGAUGCCAAUCCCGAAACAAUUCGACCUCUUGAAUUCUCAUCCGCCCUCACCCCACUCAGUGUCAACCGACGGGUGAUCCGGUCUGGGAGAGACAAGCCGUCGCCAAUCGCUCCCCUUAGAAAGGGACUGAGUGACGCCAUUUCCGCCCUAGCGGAGGACGGAAGCACCUACAAAAGAGGGGCCAAGGAAGUGCAGUUGAAGAGUGGGAUGAAGCCAGUCCCUAAGGGUCGACUGGAUACGCUCCUAAACAGCCCAUCUGCCCGUGACGAUGAAACGAUUACACGUUCCAAUCCUCGACCACGGGUAAGGGCCAGCCUUCUUCCAGGUGAUCUCCCUAUCCCAGGGCGACGCGAGCUUCCAUUUGAACAAGAUGUACGCUCGAGAGAAAAGACAGCAGCUCAGUCGUCAAACACUCUAAGCCGAUCGGGCCUCACCAAGUCCAGACUCCUACCUCAAGACACGAGGUCUCCUCUGGCGCACAAAAUCUCAACCGGGCUCCUCCGAAACAAACCGCCGUCGGAAUUACGCCCGGAUGAUUUCAAAGUCAAUCCCCUUGCUAAUGAGGGUCACGACUUUGCAUUCUCAGAUGUUGUGCGAGACAGAAAUGAGAGGGCUUGCUUGCCAGGAUGUACCGACAUGCACUGUUGCGGGAAGGAGUUCCGAGCAUUGGCCCUUUCACAACGCCCCAACCCACCCCUUACACCAGCGCAACGACAGGAAGAGCAGAAGUUACUGGAGGAUUAUUUGGGCGACUACGCUUACCGACUUACCACGAUGAACAAAACUGAAAGGGACGAGCUUUGGGUCGAGGCAAAGACCCAGGAGCUAGCAAACAAGUAUGGCAAGCAUCGACAUCGAUACUCCCGCAUGCGUUCUCCACCAGGCUUCUGGAAUGCCGACUUCCCAAGCACUCAGGAGCUAGAGGCAGACAGGGCGGAGGCAGAGAAGCGCAACAAACAGUCGGUACAGGAAAGGUAUCGAGAAGCGAUGCGACCAGGUGGCAGGUGGUUGUUUAGAGAUGAAUAGGACGGAAUCAAAGGAGUUGGGACAACGGGGUAAGACUGGCCAACCCCUGGUGGCAUUGUUACGGAGUUAUCUGGGCACAGCGUGUGUAUGGGAUUGUUACCAUGGUAUGUGACGCCAUGAUACGGAUGUGAGGCCAAUAUAAGUGAAACCAAACACAGCAUAUUCAAGGUCACACAAAAGACGCGGAACAAUUAGAUUGUUUACGAGUGUAUAGAGUACAUCUGCGAGGCGUAACUAUUUGGAGGGUGCGUGCAAGAGAACGUAGAACCGGAGGGGAGCAAGGAUGCUCCCAUGGCUUCAGAGUUGACCCAGUUGACCUAGGCUCUGAUGCGUGAC